AUGGCCUCCGCAAAGUACCAGAAGCCUCCCCAGGCCCCUCCCCUCUUCACCGCUACCAUCGAGUCUCUCGCCAAAGACACCCGCCGCCUGCUGGACCAGUCCCGCCGCAUCCAAGACCAGAUCGUCAAGGACAUCACCNCCGAGUCGGCCAACUUCCACAAUGUCCUUCUCCCAAUGGCCCUCGACGACAACAAGAUGGCCAUCGAGUCACACAUCAUUGGCUUCUACUCUGCCGUCUCGACCGACUCGAAGCUGAGAGACGCCUCAAUCGAGGCCGAGAAAGAGAUGGACGAGUUUGGUAUUGAAGCUAGCAUGCGCGAGGACAUCUUCAAGCUUGUUGAUGCUGCUCUCAAGAACUCGAAAGAUUUGGACCCCGAGAGUCAGCGCUUGCUUGAAAAGGACCACAAGGGCUUCGUGCGUAUGGGCUUGAACGUGCCUGCUGGACCCAAGCGUGACCGCUUCAAGGCCAUCAAGAAGCGUCUGUCUGAGCUCAGCAUCACCUUCCAGAAGAAUCUGAACGAAGAGCAGGGCGGCCUGUGGUUUACCGAGCAAGAGUUGGAAGGCGUGCCAAAGGAUGUCCUUGAUGGCCUUAAGAAGNGAGAUGGCGACAACGUCGGCAAGCUCUGGCUUACAUUCAAGUACCCCGACCUCUUCCCUACCUUGAAGUACUGCAAGAACCCCGAGGUUCGCCGCAAGGUAUUUACCUCGAAUGAGAACAAGUGCAGCGAGAACGUGCCCNUCUUCAAGGAAGCCAUCGUGCUACGCGAUGAGGCUGCCCGCAUUCUGGGUUACCCCAAUCACGCCACCUUUCGCAUCGAGGACAAGAUGGCCAAGACCCCCAGCACUGUUGAUGACUUCCUCAGCGACCUCCGCACCCGUCUGUCCCCUGGUGGUGUUGAAGAGAUCAAGAAGCUCAAGACUCUCAAGGAGAAGGACUUCAAGGAUCGUGGUGUCGCCGAGCAAAAUGAUGGCAAGUACUACCUCUGGGACCACCGUUUCUACGACACUUUAAUGCUCGAGCACGAGUACCAGCUAGAGCAAGAAGCAAUUGCCGAGUACUUCNCCCUCGAGACCACCAUCCGUGGCAUGCUGGAAAUCUUCGAGCAGCUGUUUGGUCUUCAGUUCGUACAAGUGACCGGUAAGGACCGCGACUCGAUCAGUCCCACUGGCAAGGGUGACGACAUUGUCUGGCACCCCGAUGUCCAAGUCUUCAGCGUCUGGGAUGACGAGGGUGAGGGCAGCGGUUUUGUUGGUUACCUCUACCUCGACUUGCAUCCUCGUGAUGGCAAGUACGGUCACGCUGCCAAUUUCAACCUCCAGCCCGGUUAUAUCGACGAGAACGGCAAGAGAAGAUACCCCGCUACUGCUUUGGUCUGCAACUUCUCAAAGCCCACCNCCAAGAAGCCUUCCCUGCUCAAGCAUGAUGAGGUCGUCACUCUCUUCCACGAGCUCGGUCACGGUAUCCACGAUCUCGUCUCGCGCACCACAUAUUCGCGCUUCCACGGCACAGCUACCGUCCGCGAUUUUGUCGAGGCUCCCUCCCAAAUGCUCGAGAACUGGUGCUGGACCGCCUCUCAAUUGCGCAGCCUGUCUCAUCACUACAGCUAUCUCUCCGAUAGCUACAAGUCUGCUUUCUCAGAGUCCAACAAGUCGGGCAGGCAGCCCNCAGAGACUAUGCCUGACAACUUGAUCGACAGCAUCAUCCGCACACGCCACGUCAACGAUGCCCUCUUCAACCUCCGCCAACUCCACUUUGGUAUUUUCGACAUGACUGUUCACGAAGGCAAGUCUCACGACGACAUCAAGAGUCUCGAAGUCAGCAAACUCUACAACUCUCUCCGCAAGGAAAUUUGCUCUCUCGAUGGGCCCGAAGAGCUGGGUCAAGGUCUCGACUGGGGACACGGUCAAGCCACUUUCGGCCACUUGAUCGGUGGCUACGAUGCUGGUUACUAUGGUUACCUCUCUUCUCAAGUCUAUUCCGCAGACAUGUUCUACACUGUCUUCAAGAAGGACCCUAUGAAUGGCAAGGAAGGCAGACGUUACAGACAUACUGUGCUUGAACGUGGUGGUUCUCAGGACGAGAUGCAAACACUUGAAGAUUUCCUUGGUAGAAAACCGAGUACAGAGGCCUUUUACAAGGAGUUGAGCUUGAGCUAG